GCCCCUCCCGCGGAGAGCGCACGGAGCGCGCCGGCGAGCUACCCCGGUCCAGCUCCGUGGGAAGGUGGUCCUGCCCUCUCGGGAAGAUGUCCUAUGGAUCCAUCACCGGCAGCAGCGGACUGGGGAGCCGUGGCCCUUUCGGGGGACCCUCGAGGCAAGGCUAUCAGCCCCUAGGGCCAGGGGCCGUCCCUGAAGGCCAAGGGACGCCAGAGCCCACCUUGCUGCCCACUGCUGGCCUGAGGAGGGGCUCGCCUGCUGGGGCCCAUGGCCGGAUGGGGCCCAGCACCUCCCGGGCCAAGAAGACGAAGCCCAGCUUCUGCCCAAGGAGCGAGGAGCUGGUGGCCCCGGUCAGUGAGCACCACCAGCUGCUGUGCGGCUCUGGGCUGCUGAAGGCCGAGCCCACGCGCAGGUGCCACGUGUGGGUCAUCCUGCAGGCCGUGGACGCCCUAGGCUACUGCCGCCGCGACCUCCUGGACCUCAAGCUCAAGUGGCGGGACCUGUGUGCUCUUGUGCGGUGCAGACUGGGCGACCUGCGCAGGGUGGCGCCCGGCUCAGGCUCUGGCAGACCCCAGGCCCUGGCCCUCACCCCCGUGGAGCAGGAGGUGGCCAAGACCUUCUCCUGCCAGGCCCUGCCCUCCGGGGGCUUUGGCCUGCAGCCACCCAGAGCCACCCAGGUGGACCCGAGUGACCUGCAGGAGCUGGUGCAGGAGACGUCGGCCAGCAUCUUCCGCAUCAACUCCAAUGUGACCUCCUUGGAGCAGAGCCUCCGUGCCCUGGGGACAGCGAGUGACACACAGGAGCUGCGGGACAGCCUGCACGAGGUUCAGCAGGAGACCAACCGCACGGUGGCCGCCAGCACCGGCGCUGUGCAGCAGAUGUCCGAGCUGCUGCGCGGCUGCUCCCGGCACGAGCAUCUUCAGCUGGACCGCCUGACAGCUCAGCUCUCCGGUGCCAUUCAGAGCUAUGGGGUGGUGCAGCAGAAAAUUGCGGAAAAGUCCCGAGCUCUGCUUCCCACAGCGCAGAGGGGCGGCAGACAGCAGAGCCCCCGGGCCCCCGCCGCUGAGCUGGCGGACAACGAGAUCUUCGGUGGGGGCGGCAGCACGUGGCAGGGCCAGGAGCCGGCGCUGCUUCCGGAGAUCACCGAGGAGGCCCUGGAGGCUGUCCGGCUGCGCGAGGAGGCCGCCCUGCAGAUCGAGAGUGACUUGUUGGAUGUGAACCAGAUCAUCAAGGACCUGGCCUCCAUGGUGUCAGAGCAAGGAGAUGCCAUCGACAGCAUUGAAGCCAGCCUCGAGGCCGCGUCCUCACACACACAGGCCGCCAGCGAGCUCCUGGCUGGAGCCAGCCGGCACCAGCUCCAGAGACGCAAGAUCAAGUGCUACUUCCUGUCGGCUGGAGUCACCAUUCUGCUCGUCAUCAUCCUCAUCAUUGCCACUUCUAUUCGAAAGUGAUGCCACCUGUGGUUGAUGCUGUCACCUGGCCUGCAUGGACCCCGGAGACCUUACACCUGCCUGUUCCCACCUGGGCAUUGACCCGCCACCUUCGCUCCGGCCUUGGCUGCGCCGCCCUAAUAAACUGCC